AAAGAAAGUGGAGCUGUCGCUGGGAGCAGAGGGGCCUCUUAUAUACACCGAUGCCACCCUCUAGCCUGGAGUGAGCUCAGCACCCAUCCGAUCGCGCGUAUCCUUGCGUCAACGACGUGUUAUAUUACAUCGUUUCCUGAUGUGUUGCGCGCGGUCUCUCAAUCUCACUCUCAUUACCGCUCUUACUUCUGCCUUCUCUUCCCUCUCUCCCUCUGCCUCUCUCUCUCGCCUGUCUCUAUCUCUCGGUUGCAUUUCUACCAUGCAACUCAGGCCGCCUGGUGGACUGGCCCGUUGGUCCGUUGGUUCGUUGGUUGGCUGGUUGGUUGUCAUAGGUGAUGUGAUGAUGAGCUGGAACCAUACCAACAAAAGCAAUAAAAAGAGGUAAUGACAGGGUCCUUGGUAUCUUUUGUCUUCUUCUUCGA